GAAUCGGACGUCGCGGGUGCAGGAGCAGUGCGUCGGAGAUGCAGUUGUCAGGGGAAUGGCGUCCCUCGAAAGUCCAACCACUUCGAGGAGUAUAACCAGGCUUACAAAUAAAACCUAAUUAUUAUAAGCGGACACUACAAGAUCAUACAAACUGGGAUUUUAAAGAGAAUGAAUUUCAAAAUGGUGUUCCGACACAACCGCUCGUAUGAUAGCAGAAGCUGCGCAGUUGCUAUAAUCACGCGUCUCGAUGUAAACAAGAGAGUGACAACUGAAAGUGCUGAGUGAGCCACAGACUGUCAUGCUAUUGCAAGCCGGAGAUUACUAAAUGUUGUCUGGCAAAAUGAUGGAACCCCAGGACGACAUUGAGGAGGAUGACAGCCCAUCAGCAUCAGCACCACCAUCAUCAUCACCAUCACCGUCAUCCUCUCCACCACCCCGAGCUCUGCCCCGUCAGCGCACCUCACUGCAGAAGAGCAGCGUCUGCUCUCGCUCUUACUUCAUGGUGGUGAUGGUUUUCUUCCACGUUUACAUCAUAAAUGUCAUUGCACUGCUGCUGUAUGUUCAUUAUAACAACGGCUCUAACGCGAUCUCCGCAAACCGGGAUUUCACAAGCAGUGACAGCAGCAGUCACAAAGUUACCGGAGCGUCAGACGCGCAGGCCACUGCCGACUCGGGCUUCCCUCGAAAUAUGUUUCUUCCCCGCAUCGAAGGAAUACGGGUGGGCCAUGUCCAAAAAGUGUCACUGGUGUCAGGCAAAGUCCACGAGAUGAAGACCCUCAGUCUAAAGCCUCUGCUGUUUGAGAUCCCUGACUUCCUGUCGGAGGAGGAGUGUGCUGUAGUUGUGCGUUUGGCUCAGCUCAAGGGUUUGAUGGAGAGUCAAGUCAUGGUCCCCGAAGGUCAAGAAGAACUCGAUCAGCAGCUCAACCUCAGUCCUGAGGAAAUCUUCAAUUUUCUUGACCUCAACCAAGAUGGCCAGCUGCAACCUCAUGAGAUAUUGACACAUUCUCGAGUAAGAGAUGGAAUCUGGUUAACUUCUGAGAAUCUUAAGGAAAUUUAUGACGGCCUGAAAGCUGAUCUGGAUGGAAAUGGUCUCCUGAGUUUAGAGGAGUUUGGGCGUCUGAGAAGUGAUGCUUUUCAGCGUUUUCUGCUUCAGCGCGGGGUGGAGAGGAGUCAGCUGGUGAGAAACAGCAGACAUACUUGGCUCUAUCAGGGUCAGGGAGCACAUCAGGUUCUUCAAGACCUCCGCAAAAGAGUAACUCUUUUAACUCGACUGCCAUCCUCUCUGGUGGAGUUAAGUGAGCCGCUUCAGGUGGUCCGCUAUGAGCAGGGCGGUCAUUACCACGCUCAUCAUGACAGCGGACCUGUGUAUCCUGAAACUGCCUGCACACACACUCGCCUUGCUGCCAAUACCACUUCUCCAUUCCAGACGUCCUGCAGGUACAUCACAGUUCUGUUUUACCUUAAUAAUGUUCAGGAAGGAGGCGAGACCACCUUUCCAGUUGCAGACAACAGAACUUAUGAAGAAGCGUCUCUAAUACAGAAUGAUGUGGAUCUAUUGGACACCAGGAAACAUUGUGAUAAAGGCAACCUGAGAGUGAAGCCUGUAAAGGGGACGGCGGUUUUCUGGUACAACUAUCUCUCCGAUGGUAGAGGUUGGGUGGGUGAGCAGGAUGAGUAUUCUCUUCAUGGUGGCUGUGUGGUGACACAAGGGACUAAGUGGGUUGCCAAUAAUUGGAUCAAUGUGGAUCCAGACUACCAGCGGCAGGCACGCUACCAACUGCUCGUUUCUCAACAAGAGUCACAAGAGCAAGAAGAACCGAACUCAGACCAGCACAUAGAAGCUCACCAAGACCUGUAAACACACACAAACACACGCAAAUCCAGGUACGGCAGUGCACAUAUGUACACAUUAACUUCCAUGUUAUGAUCUACUACAAUAUAUAUAGUCAUCCACUUUCUUCUUCACAUCCAGAUACAGUUCAUUACCAGCAGAAAAUCACUAUACACAUUGGUAUUGGUGGUUUCCGAGGACACUUUUUAGGUGUAUUAUAUUUUAUACUGUAAAAAUUGACUUGUCAAAAGACUUCAGUACAAUUUUAUCACAUUUUGAAUUAUGAGGACACAGUGUAUGUCAUUAACUACCUCCAUAGAGUACAACUAGGUCAAAUUCCCAUGUCAUUAUACAUAUUUCUGUCCUUGUAAACCAUCAAAACCAGUACACACACACACACACCCUGAAGCACUGACCUCAAACCACCAAAAACACAUUGAUCCUGGCUUGCACUUCCUGGCAUACACACACACACACAAAUGCACAGUAUAGAAAUGUAGCCCUAGCAACAUUUCCUUGCAUUCAGAAUUGAAAGCUUUACUCAGCCUCCAGGGUUGGGUUGGAUUCAGGGAUACGCAGCCUGAGCUUUAUGCAAAUGUGAAAGACAAUGCUACUGUUCCUAAUGUAGAUAUUUGAAGGUGUUAUUUAUUUUUUCAUGGGAAUGCAGCCAUAUUGGACAACUUUGUUUACAUACUGAUUGACACUCUACUGUACCUUCCAAAGGCUGUACACACCGCAGCUAAUCAUUAAUGCAGUGAUAGUCAUUUGAAGCAAUAGAUGGUGAUGGCAUGGGUAGGAUUUGUUUUUUACUCUGGCGGCCUCCUAAAACAGCUUUCUGUCAGUGCUAAAAUAACUGCCGGAGGAUUUUAAAUGUACAGUACAUGGCCGGAGAGUGUUAAAAAUACUUUUACUUACACUGACAUUUGAAUCAGCAAACACUUGAGGAACGUUAUCUGCAGGGGCAUUCAGCAUUCACUAGUUGUAAUAUAAAGAUUGUUUAACCUAGUCAGCCUCCAUCUCUGCCAGGAUGUUUCUUACACUUGUUUCUUCUAAGAUAUUCUUGAAGCAUGUUGAACUUGCACAAUCUUGUAAUAUUAGUUUGAAUUUUAAUUAUUUAUUUUGUAAUAUAUUAUUGUUUUUUUCUGUUAUUUGCAAUGCAUCCAAAGACUACCUGAAGUUAACUUAUUUUAUUUAUUAUAUGUUGGAACUGAAUCACAUUUGUUGCCCUUAAAAUGCACAGAAUCACUUUGUUGAAUAAAUGAUUAAAAUAAA